GUUCCUUCCGCUUCCGGGUGGGAGGAGAGGAGUCGCCAUGGCGAGCAACGCCGCCAGCCUGAACGCGGUGCGGGAGACCAUGGACGUUCUGUUUGAGAUUUCAAGGAUAUUAAACACUGGCUUGGAUAUGGAGACGUUGUCUAUUUGUGUGCGGCUUUGUGAACAGGGGAUAAAUCCAGAAGCAUUAUCAUCUGUCAUUAAAGAACUGCGUAAGGCUACAGAAGCUCUAAAGGUCGCUGAAAAUAUGACAGGCUGACACAGGAGGAGAUUUCUACGUGAGAAGAAUGCCAGGUCAAAGUUAACAGAGGCCUUGAAGAUUGCCACUGUUCAGAAAAUAAGUGGAAAAGGUGUGUGUGUGAGAAGGUUUCGGAAUAUUUCUGUAAUCUUCUUGAAAAGGAUGAUGUAUAGUAUAACUUUGAAAAGUUUUUUAAUGAGAUAAGUUCAUGUGUAAACUCAUUACUUGGUAUUUUUGUGAACUACUUGUGACUACAGUGCGAUUGCUUGUACAUCUGCUGAACUUACUAGUGUGUAGCAACAAAUAUUGUAUAAUGAGCAUAGCUUGUUAGUGCAUCCUUUCAAAGUGCUAAUAUAUCCUGGGUUUUAUCUCUUGCUUUGAGGAAAAACUACAUAUACAAUUUUAGUUUCAUGUUAUGGACCAGAUAGGAAUGAAGUCCAUCCUGACUGUAUUUUAGUUAGAGUGAGGGUAGUGAUUUAAGUCUUAACCUUAAAGUAAGAAAUAAAGCACUUUUGAUAAUGUAGGUAAUGAAUGGUCCUUUUGAUUCAGAUUGCUGGGAAAAGUGUUGCGGGAGGGGUUUUUUGGGUUUGUUUGGUUUGGUUUGGUUUGGUUUUUAACUUGGAUAACAAAGGAACUUCAGUCAUCCAUGCAGAAAUGUAUGUAAAUUUAAAUGCUAGAUUACAUGGAAUAUUUUAUGGAGUUGAGAGGAUACAUUUGUUACACUUGUUCUGACUACUAGACUUCAAAAUAUUACAGCCGUAUUGCUACUGCGUAGUCAGAGCGUACAUGAGAAGCAUCAGAUUUCGCUGAUGGGAAUCAAUGAGUCUUCAACAGUCAUUUGGUAUAGGAAUGUCUUCUCAUUCAGCACUAGGAAUCUUCACUGAUGCUGAAACAAGUGUUUAUAGUAUAUACAGUGAACUGUUUUAUUGUGUUACUUACCAGUAAAUAUCCUUGCAUCCAGGAGUUCUACUUCAUAAGAAAAUGGGUUUUUGUUGAUUCUUCAUCUGCUACUAUUUAAGCUUUUUUUAUUUUUUUGUUUUGUUUUUGCUAGCAUGGUUUCAAGAUGCAGCGUUAAUGGGACCUAACUUCCAAGGUUAAUAGUUUGGAGCACAUUUGGAAAUGAAUCUGGAAUCUUAGUUAAGCAAAACAUUAUAUUUGUGCAGAGAAAAAGAAGCUCUUUCUGCUUUAAGAGUUUCCAUUGCAUGCAGUCUAGGUCAUAGCUCUACAAAAAGUGAUCAAAGGGGCUAAAUGCUUCAAGUUGCUGGCAGAGAGAAUAGAAAAAUAGUUAUGUUACACUGAAUCAUUUACCAUUAUUUCCGGUUAGGCUGGCCAAAAAAUCAUUCCAGGAAGAUGAUGUGAAAACUUCUGGGAAGUGGUAGAGUCACCAUUCCUGGAAGUAUGUAAAAGAUGUGUAGAUGUGGCACUUAGGGACAUGGUUUAGUGGCGGACUUGGCAGUGUUGGGUUAACAGUUGGACUUGAUAAUCUUAAACAUCUUUUCCAACCUAAAUGAUUCUAUAACCAAGCUGGAAACUUCAAAUGUUCACGAGUGAGCAAAAUGAUACCACUUAAAAAUCCUGUGUACACUGGUGAUGUAACUUCAGAUUUAUAACACUUCAGAUUUAGAAUAUUGGGUGUAACGGUUUUUGAAAAUGCUCAGGUAUCCCUAGUAUGAAAAGAUAUAAGCAGUGAAAUUUAUCGUAGGGAAUCUGAAAAGUCAUUAAAACAUCAUGAAAACGCCAGGUCAGAUCAACACAAAUUAUCAAUUAUCUUUUACACUUAAUUUUAUCUAGACUCAGUUCUGCAUGUCAAAAAUGAGAAAAGACUGGGGAGCAUUCUUGCUGUUUUCAGGCAUCAUGUCUAAGCCUGUGAGUUCUCACUUGUGAAACCUAGACUCCAAAAGUUUUGUGUAAACUAUUGCAAAUGUGCCCAAAAUAAUUAUGAUACCUUACUAGAGUGCAUGUUUCUGCUGGUGCUUUUCCUUCAUUGCCAGAUCUUUGGGCAGUACAGGAAUUCUCAUGACUUUCCUUGAAUGUCAUUCUAUUGAUUACUUUGCUUUUAUGUAUUUCCAGGGUUUUUUCUAACUUACUAGCUUGAUUUUAGUUUUGAUUCUGUGUCCUUGAAAUGCUUAAAACCGGCAUGCAAAUGCAAUAUGAGAACAUUUUAGAUAUAUUUCUUGAUGUUUCUAGUAAGUCGCAUUUCACCAUCAAUAAGCUUACUGUUUUUACGUACUUAGACAUUUGCUGGUAGACCUUUUGCCGUGCAGAAUUAUAGAAGCAGGUCAUGGUUUUGACAUUCAGAAUCCCAAGUUGACAUACAUAAAACAAUGCAUUGUUUCCAUUAUUACAUGGAGCUAAAUGGUAACAAUGGUUAUAUUUAAUAGUUCAUUUACAAAAAUGCAAUCCUGAAGGUUGAAUAUUUAAUGUGUUUGGGCUAAAAGCAGGGAGGAUGUUGUUUCUUAAAACUGGCAGAGCUGAGGUUACCUAGAAAGUUUAUAUACUUUUCCUCAGUGUGCUUGGUGAAGUUUCUUUCAAAAUACUGCAUGGAACAAAUGUGCUUAGGAAUUGGUGUAACAGAACUCAACGUUUGUUUUUGAUUUGGUGUAGCAUCUGCAACAAACACAAGUAAUAUAUUUUUUCUUCCUCCUGGUAAGAAAAAAAGAAGAAAAUCCCUGUAGCAGGGAGUUUCAUACUGGAAAUGUUUCUCUGCUUUAAAAUAAGUCUAUCACUUUGUUAGCAUCCCAGCUAUGUGAACAUGAGCAUUGGUGGUUGAGAAGCCUUGGCUGCAUUUGUAACACACACUGCCUUCUACUACAUUUAACUAAGCAGCUAAGCAAACAGCACAUGCUUUUCCUCUGGGCUCCUUACUUACAUGCUCUUGGAACUCUUGAAAAGAUAAACAUAUGAAUAGCUAUACAGGUCUCAACCAAAAGUUUUUCUAACACAAUAGCCUGUCUUUUAGUCAAAAGCAGCUGCCUGAGGAAGGAGAAGAACAAUGCAAGCACAUUUGGUUCUUUUCCUUCUGUGUUCUCCUGGCUUCCAAGUGUCUUCUAUUCCAGGCUUUCCUGCACAUCAUAUGGUUUGUCUAUUUAGUAAUCCCCAAUGCUUCUUUUUCCAGUACUUGUCCGGUUUCCCUUGGACUGUAUGUGCUUCCUGAAUAACAGCAGCCUUCAUCAGUUGAUGUCUGUUUCAUAAAGAAUUGCUGUUACUUGUUUAUUUUGAACCUGAUUUUCACUAGCUUAGCUUAAUGUUCCCUGCACAGUAAACUCUUACCUACCAUGCUUGUGCCAGUCAUGGUUCUGCAGAUACAUAACAUUCACGUUUAAAUUUCCUCUUCUAAACUGAAAUGCAUUAGUUAAGAGAUUCGUUGGCUAAUCGAAGGCAUGGAGUAGCUUCUGUAUUUACUAUCCUUUGAAAUUUUUCUGGGUCUCAUAUAUUAUUUUCUGAGAGGGGAACCAGAACUGCACACAGCAUUAGGCAUGUAGUUAAGUACUGGCCUGUUUGUUUACUUUCUUCUUCUUUAUUCAUUUCCUAGUAGUUCCUCAUACUUGAGUUUUUAAAUUUGAGCUGAGCACCAAGCUGUAUUUAUGGCAUUAUCUAUUGUAGCCACAGGAUCUUACUCUUAAGCAGUAAUGAUAAGCUCAGAGGCUGUUGAUUCGUAGGUGAAAGUACGGUUGUUUAUCUCCGUGUAUAUAAUUUUUAUUUAUCUUUGUUGAAUUACAUCUGCCAUUUUAUUUCCUAA